AUGUCAUACCAAGACUCAUGGUACUCUCUCCUCAUUCAAGGGUGGAUGCCUUAUGUUGCUGUGGGUAUAUCGCUUGCCUUUAUAAUCGUACAGCUCCAGUUUACUCCCACUGCAACUACCACUGAUCCACUUCCCGGUGCUUUUGCUGGAUCUAGCAAGAAAAAGAAAAGGAAAGGCAAGCCAGUCAACACUCUUUCAAAGAAUAGAACCAACAGUCCUACUAAAACACCAGAUCAUUCUACCACAGUUUUAUCUUCUGUUGCUGAUUCCAACGCGCUACAAUCUUCAUCUCAGGAAGCCCUUCCAGCUACCCAAAAGUCUGCAUCUCCAAAGCGAAAGAUCCUUGAAAAGGGAACAAAGAUUUGUUUGGAUUUUAAGCUUCGGUCUGAGCAAAACGAUGCCACUGCUAAACAAGAGUCCCAUGCACAAGAAAAUACUUCUUGGGUGGUUCAAUCAAACCAGUUUGGAAAAAAACGAAAGCAAGCUAUUCCUCAGUCUGCAUCCUUGUUGACUCAAGAAUGGCCAACCCCUGCCGCCACUUGCCCUUCGUCUUCAUCCAACACCAAGUCGAAACAACGCAAAAAUACACCUAUUUCCAAUCCAUCUCUCAACCUUUCGAGCUCUACCGUUGGAUCUGAUUCAGUCGAUUUUUCAAAAGAUCCCAUCGAUGGGUCUAUGCGAACUGAUGCGGAUGAUGAUGUGGAAGUUCGUGCUCGUGUUCUAAAAGUUUUACCACCCGAAGAAAUCAGUAUUGAAUCGCCUAUGCCUGCUGAAGAUGGCUGGCAGCCUAAACCUACAUCAUCAACUAUAGGAUCAUCUACGUUAGGAACUCCUGUGUUGACCAAGACACAGCGCAAAAAUAUGCGCAAAAAUGAUUUAGCAAAAGCCGCCAAGGACGAGUCAGAUCGACUGCAGCGUGAGAGAUUAAACCAGCAUCGUCGCGCACAAGAAACUGAGCAACUAAAUGCAUUGGCUGCUAAAAGCCGUGAUGCUGCUCGACAGAGAGCAAUGGAUCGCAACUAUUGAAAUAAAUCGUUUUUUCAUUG